ACUUAGUUCACUAAUCUCCCCCACAAACUUAUUCUGAUACGAUAUUGUAAUACGUAUAUUGAGUUAUAUAACAAAAUUAGGUAACGAAUUGUGAUACCGUACCUAUUACCUGUAUUAAAACCUCGUUGCGAGUCAGGUAACACUGACCGUAGAGUCUAAUGUUAGCCCGUCAAUUAUUUUUCAAAACCCACCUUACAUCAACCCCUCAAUGGCUACUGUGCGUUGGCAAAUAUUAUUCAAUCAACCACCAUGCACACCAUGUGUUCGACAAAAGUCCUCAACGGAAUUCUACUUCUAUCAGCAACUACAUGCUUACUUGCAUACGUCAAAACCUUGGUUACAGAGCUCUAAAUGUGUUCAACGCAGAACUGCAGAAUAAUUAUCUUAAUGGGAUUGAUGAAGACGCGGUUGCUAUCGCCUUUAAAGCUUGUCGUGGGGAUCCGAAAGCGGGUGCAAUGCUUCACAGCUUUGCUGUGUCAUCUGGGUUUAUUCAAUAUCGAUCAGUGUCAAAUUCUUUGAUGAGUUUUUACUGUAAAUCAGGGCAAUUUGAUCGCGCUCUUUGUAUAUUUAGCAGCAUGAAUGACCCUGAUACUGUUUCUUAUAACACAGUUCUGUUGGGGUUUCAGAAUACAGAUGAUGCUUUGUGUUUUGCAGCUGAUAUGAAUGCAAAAGGCGUUGUUUUUGACCCUGUUACUUACACUACCUCGCUGUCAUUUUGUUUGGAUGAUAAAGGGUUUUUAUUUGGAUUCCAAUUACACACAAACAUAGUGAAAUCGGGGUUUAAAUGUGAGGUUUUCAUUGGCAAUGCGCUUAUCACAUUGUACUCAAGAUGGGGUCGAAUAAUCGAAGCUGAAAGAGUGUUUCAUGAGAUGCCCACCAAGGAUUCAGUAUCUUGGAAUGCGAUACUAUGUGGGUAUAGCCAAGAUGGAAGAUAUGGUUUGGAAAUGAUAUGUACAUUUUGUGCAAUGUUGAGAGAUAAUGUGAGACCAGAUAAUGUCUCAAUAACUGCUGCAAUUUCUGUUUGUGGAUAUGAUAGACUUUUGGAAAUGGGUAGGCUGCUACAUGGUUUGAGUAUAAAGGCUGGAUAUGGAGCACAUUGUGCUGUUUGUAAUAUUUUAAUGUCAACUUACACAAAGUGCGAGGAAAAUGAAGAUGCCAAGCUAGUAUUUCAAACCAUGUCUGAAAGAAAUGUGGUUUCUUGGACUACAAUGAUUUCUGUCUUUCAAGAGCAUGCACUUUCCCUUUUUCAUGAUAUGAGGAUAGAUGAAGUCUACCCGAAUGAAGUGACCUUUAUUGGAUUACUGCAUGCCAUUACACAUGGGGAUUUGUUCAAUGAAGGUCGAAUGAUCCAUGGGUUUUGUCUAAAGACUGGCUUUGUGUCAAAAUUGAAUGUGUCUAACAGUCUGAUCACCAUGUAUGCGAAGUUUGAGUCAAUGGGGGAUUCACAGAAGGUUUUUGAGGAGCUUCAGUGCCGAGAUACUGUGUCUUGGAAUACUUUGAUAUCUGGAUAUGACCAAAACAAGAUGUACCAAGAAGCUCUUGAGGUAUUCUGCUCAGCAUUAUCUGAAACCCUGCCAAAUGAGUAUACAUUUGGCAGUGUUUUGAGUGCAAUUGGAUCUGCUGAAGCAAUUUCACUCAGGCAUGGUCAAGCAAGCCACUCUCACUUGUUGAAACUUGGACUGAAUUCCGAUGCAAUUGUUUCAGCUGCUCUCCUUGAUAUGUAUGGAAAGCGAGGCAGCCUAUAUGAGUCCAAGAGGAUUUUUAGAGAAACCGUUCAAAGAACACAAUUCGCUUGGACAGCAAUAAUAUCAGCCCACGCAAGACAUGGGGACUAUGAUUCUGUUAUGCAAAUAUUCAAUGAGAUGGGAAACCAAGGUGUAAAAUCUGAUUCUAUCACUUUCCUUUCGAUGUUGACAGCAUGUGGGAGAAAGGGCAUGGUUGAUAUGGGCCAACAGAUUUGGGACUUGAUGAUCAAAGAUAGUGUGAUUGAGCUAUCAGCCGAGCAUUAUUCUUGUAUGGUGGAUAUGUUGGGCCGUUCAGGAAGAUUAAAAGAGGCAGAGGAAUUGCUUCAUCAAAUUCCUGAAGGGCCAUCAUUUUCGGCCUUGCAGAGCUUGUUAGGGUCAUGCAGAACUCAUGGGGAUAUAGAGAUGGGUCAGAGAAUGGCCAAUGCUUUGAUAGAAAUGGAGCCUACAGAAUCGGGUUCUUAUGUUCUAAUGUCAAAUUUGUAUGCUUUAAAUGGAGACUGGGAGAAGGUGGCUAUACUGAGGAGGAAGAUGAGAGAUAGCAGAGUUAAAAAAGAAGUUGGAUUGAGCUGGGCUGAUGUAGGUAAUACUGAUGGUUCAUUGAGUAUGCAUGGUUUCUCCUCAGAUGAUACAUCUCAUCCAAGGUCGGAGGAAAUCUGCUAUAUGGCAGGAUGGUUAGGACUCGAAAUGAAAGUGUUUGAGAAAGAUGAAGAGCUUCUUUGAUCUCAACUGAAGCUGAAAACAUAAAAUUUUGCAGGAUGUUAAGAUAGCUAUUACACACUUAUGUCUCCGAAUUCUCUACACAUGAGAAGUUUCGUACGUAAGUGCCUGAAACACAUCACAUGUAGUUUGAACUGUUUGCCACUGAGCUGCUGUACAUCAAAUUAACCCUUUGAUAUACAGAAAUUUAUCAGCAAAGCUGGAAGAUUGGCACGAAAGCGUUGAAAUCCAAGAGAAAUCUAUUAUCCAGAUAAUGAAUUUCCUCUGUCAGAAAUACAGGAAAGAACCUAUAUCAGUUACCACUGCAUGACAGAUUUAAACCAUAAUGAUAUUAGAUUAUCAGGAACAAAAAAGGGGAAAAAUAUAUUAAAAAAAACGUGAGCGGCAGGAUUCGAACCUGCGCGGGCAAAGCCCACAUGAUUUCUAGUCAUGCCCGAUAACCAC